UUCAUUCUUCUCCAUCACUACAACACUUUUAUUUUCUCUCUCUCUCUCAACCAUUCCAUAGCAACACAGCUGGAAAUUGCAGAGAAGUACUAGACAUAAGAUUUGUGUUUGGAUAGCCGGAAAGUUCAACAGCUACAUCCAAGAUUUGCAGAAGAAAAGAAAAGUUAUUACAUAGAAAAGACAAACAUGGGUAUGUUUGAAAGAGGAGAUGAUGAGCUGAACCUCAACCUUGAAGCUACAGAGCUUAGGUUAGGCUUACCAGGUUGUGAUAGUACUACUACUACUACUACUAAUCAAGAGUCUGAGAAGAACACAAGUACUACUACGAAAGGCAAUAACAAGAGAUGUUUGACUACUGAUGAACCAUCCAAAUCUAGCUCAGAAACACAAACUUUUGGCCAAGAAAACCCUUCACCCACCAAAACACAAGUAGUGGGAUGGCCUCCGGUGAGAUCUUUCCGCAAAAACUGCUUACAAUCAAUGAAGAAAGCAGACGAGGCUGGAAUAUACGUGAAAGUCAGCAUGGAUGGAGCUCCAUACCUAAGAAAAAUGGAUUUGAUGCUCUACAAAGGGUACCAAGAGCUCCUCAAAGCCUUGGAAGACAUGUUUAAGUUCAAAGUUGGUGACUACAACGAGAGUGAGGGCUACAAUGGCUCUGAAUUCGUCCCCACUUAUGAAGACAAAGAUGGAGAUUGGAUGUUGGUUGGAGAUGUUCCUUGGGAAAUGUUUUCUUCUUCGUGCAAAAGGCUGAGAAUCAUGAAAGGGUCAGAAGCUAGAGGCUUGGGUUGUUCUGUUUAAAGUAGAAUUAUUAUACACACAUAUAUAUAUAUAUGUAUAUGUUUGUAUUCAUACGUACGUGUCCAGACUUGACUGGGAUCUCAUGUUGAAGAGGAAAAUAAGGCUCUUCUUCGUGAAGCUUGGGCUCUCCGUGAGGAAGAUCUAAUUAAUUAAUUUCAAAUCUUGAUUAUUAUGUGUAAUUUUGAUGAGAUGGAAUAUUUUCACGCAUGUUCCUACAGAAAGGAAAACAAAAAAAAAUUGAAAAUGCGAAGAAGUAAUUGUGAUCGCUUGUAUAUUUUUGUUUAAUCAUAUAUAUGUGUUCGAUCAAUUACUGUACAGAUAAAAGGAAAUGAGUUAAAAUUGAAAAGGAAAUUAAUGAAAACAAAACAAACAAAAAACGACUUUGGUUUCUCUCAGAUA